AUGGCUCUAAAAAUACAAAACUAAUCCCAUAAAUAAGCAAAAGAACAGGAAAUUAAAACCGAAUAUAAUAUAAUAAAAUAAUUAAAUCAUCCUAAUAUUAUAAAAGUAUUCGAUUAUUAUGAUGAUCUUUAUCUAGAUUCUAAAUUUUGCGAAAAAGAAAACCGUGGUUUUACAAUGGAAUUAGCUAAAUGUGAUUUGUUAAACUUUUUAAAAUAAACACAAAAAAUGCCUAUUAAUCCAAAAUAAAUAAAAAAUAUUUUCUUAAAUAUUGCAAAAGCAUUAGAUUAUUUACAUAAUAGAGGAAUUUCUCACAACGAUAUAAAAUUAGAAAAUAUACUAAUUUUUGAUCGUAGAAUUUCUAUAAAUGAAAUAAUUAAUCAUGGAUGGUUUAAAGAUAAUAAUUUUUAUGAAUAAAAAGAAGAAGAAAGUUGUUGA